AUGGGUGAUGCAGGUACUCAAGGAUCAGAGACAGGAGCUAUUUCGCUGGACUUCCCGCAUGCAGCAGAAAGAGAUCUAAAUAAUAUCACCUUCUUCAACGGGGUCUUUGAAAAUGUGGAAAGUGUUGCUGUGUUUUUUGAUUGUUUGGGCUCUCACUUCACUUGGCUCCAGUCCAUAUUCACUAGCUUUCCUGCAUUGCUCAACUUUGUGAGCAGAAUGAAAUGCGUGACUGGUGUUUGCCCGAGAGACUUUGAAGACUAUGGCUGUGCCUGCCGAUUUGAGAUGGAGGGCUUCCCCGUGGAUGAAGUAGAUGGCUGCUGUUUCCAACAUCGGAAAUGUUACGAAGAGGCAACUGAAGAAGAAUGCACAUGGGAUCCUGCCAAAAUCGUCAUGAACGUCAGCUGUCUAACCAAAAACAUCACUUGUGGGUCUGAAGAUUCUUGUGAACAUUUUCUUUGCAACUGUGACAAAGAAGCUAUUGAAUGUUUCUUGCAUUCUCCCAUGAACAUUUCCUUGAACAAUUUGGAUGCUUCCCUCUGCCCCUCUCUGGUGACAGCGUGUGAUCGUUUCUCCUUUCUGCAACUGAGGGACAAUGGAAAACUCAAACAGGAGUUGCCACAGUUGGGUGAGAUGCUCUACUGCUUGACCAAUCGAUGUCCUGAGGAGUUUGAAUUAUAUGGCUGCUAUUGUGGCCAGGAGGGAAGAGGACAUCCAACCGAUGAACUGGACAGAUGCUGUUUCUCCCAUUAUUGUUGCCUGGAACAAGUUAAAAGACUGGGAUGUCAGCCGGAAAAAAAAUCAAGAUCUGAAGUCGUAUGCUUUGAUCACACACCAACAUGUGUUGGAUGGACCAUGUGUGAAAAACUCCUGUGUUCCUGCGAUAAGGCUGCAGCUGAAUGCAUGGCUGCAGCUCCUUUCAAUGAAAGCUGGAGGUUGCCCAGCAGGCAGGCUUGCCGAGAGGACAAACUGGCUUGCCGCUGGGCAGGGCGCGAGAGGCCUCCAAGUAGCCCUUCAACAGCUGAUCUGAUUGACUGCUCCUAA